UCAACGAUCCGAUAACAAACAACUCUAUCGCACACUCAUACACGAAACGAAUUAAACAAAUCAUAUAUAUAUUUUUUUUUUCCACAUUUGACAUUAAUAGCAAAAACAACAAGUGUGCGCCUUAACUUGAACCCACCUUGCAAAUAAAUACAAAAUACAUUAGAACAAUAUCAAUAGCAUUCUUUUAAAUCACAAGUAAAACUGUAAGCAGCAGACGUAAGUUUCGCCACCUGCACAAAAAAAAAGUCGUGAAAUAUGGUCAGGCUAUUUAACUUGAGCGUCUUCUACAAGGGUGCCAGCGAAGCGCGACUGUUGAAGUCCACAUCGGACUUGCAGUCCUUUCCAUUUUUCCAACGUAGCACUGUCAGUGAGUUCAUGACUUUCGCGUCAAGGACAAUUGUGGAACGCACUCAGCCGGCGCUGCGACAGUCGGUUAAACAGGAUGCCUACAUGUGCCAUGUUUAUGUGCGAGCCGAUAAUUUGGCUGGAGUUCUGAUUGCGGAUCACGAAUAUCCACAUCGUGUGGCACACACGUUAAUCACAAAGAUACUGGACGACUUCACAGCCAAAGUGGCGGCAGGAUUGUGGCCCAAUGGCUCGGACGCGGAAAUUCCGUUUGAUGCAUUGCCCGUAUUUUUGGCCAAAUACCAGGAUCCCAAAGAGGCUGAUCCGCUGUUGAAAAUGCAAACGGAUUUGGAUGAAACUAAAAUCAUAUUGAAGAGCACAAUUGAAGCGGUGCUGAAGCGUGGAGAGAAUUUGGAAGAUAUGGUCUACAAAUCCGAGCAGCUUUCAAUGCAGAGCAAGGCCUUCUACAAGACAGCGAAAAAGACAAAUUCAUGUUGCAACUUCACCUAAGCCAGGGUGCAAGGUCAGCAAACGGGAAACGUUAAACACCAUGAAACAACAACUACUACAACAACAACACCAACAAGCAACGUAUAACAACAAACAACAACAAGAUGAUGUAGAAACGCAGCAAGAAAACUGCUAGAGAUCGCGGCAAUGGCUUAGAAUUUGUAUGCUUUUUUAAAAUAAUUAAUUUUAUAUAUUUAAAAUAUAUCUAUGUAUAAACAUGCAUCCAUAUAUGUAUGUAUACAUACACACGUUUAUUUACGUAUGUACAUAUAUGUGUGUGAUGUACGAAUGUACCGCAACUCAAGGAUAUGCACGUUCAAUUUGUUUGUUUGCAUGGUACAGAUAAUGUUAUACAUACAUAUGUAAUUAUAAAUGCUACCAAUACAAUUAUAAUAUAUAAUACUAUACUAUAUAUAAUAUAUACUUAUGUAUGUGUGUGUGUUCGCAAUCUGUGUCUUAUCUCCUUUGGAUUUGUGUGCUCAUCAUCUCUUCAGCUUCAGCUUUAGCUUUUGUCAUUUGUAUCUGCUCCAAAUGCGAUGUAUUUGUAUGUAUUAUGUAUGAACUAUAUAUAUAACGAAUCGCUGUUAGUUUCACAACUGUGCAGGUGACUCCAAAACUGCCGAAUACUCAAGAGGCAACCCUCGCCAAUUUUAUGGGAUUAAUAAAAAGUAUUAUACCAAAUGUGAUUGACAUUUU